GUCAACUGCAUCUCUAACUCCCCGGCAUGAGCUCGGCUGAUGCCGCCGAUGCCAGGCCGGCAAAGCGGAACAGAAUCACAGUCGCCUGUACCUGGUGCAGACAGCGCAAGUCUCGUUGUGACGGGACGAGACCAAAGUGCUCUACAUGUAGCUACCACGGCUAUGACUGUGUAUACUCGGAUACACCGUCACUGACGAAGACGUCUGUGUCCAAAGAGCUGUUGGAAGCGCUCGAUUCCCGCUUAGCAACCCUUGAAAGCUCUGUUGCUGGACUCAACAGCAGGCUUACUCGCGUUGAAGGCUCCAAAGACGAUGUGACAGUCACGACUGCAAGCGCACACCAGUCCAGGUUCACCCUCUCCCCAAACCCCCUGGACUCUGAUGCGGAUGAGGGAACUACAGUUGAGGCCCACGACUCUACCGAUGGAAUUGGGUCUAUUGUCUUCACCGAAGAAGAGAAUUCUGGAUUCUUCGGGCCGUCAUCCAAUAUAGCAUUCAUCCGCCAGAUUGUUCGCACUACGACCGCAACCCUCAGGCCCGCAGUAUCUGCUGCAAGUCCAGUGUCGCCGGGUAAUGCCCCUCUACAGAGCCACAUGCUUCACGUGUCCCGCCCACCUUCUCCUGCGCCAAGCCGAUUCAAUCUCUCUGAAAACAUCUCGAUUGGUACUGAGCCUUUUGUGCUUCCGCAAGAAAGGGAAACACUGCCGUUGAUACAGAUCUUCUUCAAUACAACCGGGGUUUUAUUCCCUUAUAUCGACAAGGAUGGCUUUUUACAAGCGUACCAUCAACUCAACUCCACAAACAUACGCACUGUUCGGAGGUCGUGGCUCGGUCUAUUAAACAUGGUCCUCGCCAUGUCCACGAGCACCAGUCACGGUAGCACGCUAACAGCUUCUGAACGUGCUGUGAAAUCAAAUAUCUUCUUUCGUCGGGCUUCGGCGCUCCGUGAAAAGCAAAUCCGCCACGGCACGAGCUUGGAAACUGUCCAGUUACUUCUCUUAAUGAGCCAGUAUUUGCAAGGUACAGAACGCUCGAUUGAAACGUGGAAUGUCCAUGGGCUCGCUGUCAAAGCAGCGUAUCAGCUCGGUCUGCACUCCCCAAAUGCGCUCAAAAAAUAUCCGCCGCUGGAGCAGGAGAUUCGGAAACGGACUUGGUUCGGGUGCGUUCUAUUAGAUCGGACUUUGAGCAUGACUCUAGGUCGUCCACCUUCCAUUCCUGAUAACUUUAUCAAGUUAGACCUUCCUUGUGCGCUCGCGUCUCUCCUCCCUUCGAGACCCGACCCCAUCCAAGACCCGACUGCCGAACACAGUGUUCAAUUUUACACAGCAACAAUUACACUCUAUGCCAUCAUGGGCCAAGUUGUGGACGUUCUAUAUGGGAACAACUUGGGCUGUGAGGUUCCCGAUAAUGUGUUCGACAUUGCCUCCCAUCUGCUACAGUUUGAACAGAAGUUCCUCGCCUGGCAGCGUUCUUUACCAGCAACCUUGGUCCUGGUUGAGCCGGACAUUUUGCGCUCUGAAACAAUCAACCAAGAAGCGCUUAGAUACCGCUUCAUCCUCACCAUGCGCUUUCUCAACCUCCGUAUUCUAACACAUCGUCCACUACUCUGCAAAUUUCUGGAAUAUCUAGGCACCUCAAAGUCUACCUCUCAGCAACUGGCUAUGCUGGGGCAAGUCGGUGCAAAUAGCGUGCGGAUUUGCGUCCAGUCAGCGCUCAUGAUUAUCAAAUUAAUGCAAGGAAUAUUGAGUCCUCCGGACCCUCCACGGCAUCUUCUGGGUGCUUGGUGGUUUUCUCUUUAUUACGUCUUCAAUGCGGCUUUGGUCAUUUACUCCACCCUUCUCGUGCAGCAUCAAGCGAAGGUCCAUAACCAAACUUUGGUACUCCACGAUCUUGACCUAUCAACAGAUUGCCUCCGUCAGGCGAUUGAAUGCUUGUCGCUGCUCUUCAGAGGGAAUAGGAUGACGGAGAAAUGUGUACGAUAUACUUCUUCCCUCGCUUACUUGCUGUCCCUAAUCUAUGACCCAGAUGGUUCUCAAGAAAUGAACUCCGCGAUGAAGCCGUCAACGAACUCUCUUGGAGCACCUUCAAUGCAACGCCCUUCGGACGAGGCCCACCCGCAUGAUUUAUUUGACUUUCUUGACUCAGACGACUUGCACAUGGGCAUGAAUUUGGACGACUUCUUUGGAGCAGACUCCAGCUUCAUGACAUCGCACAAAGAUCCUGAUCUUUAGUCUUACACACAGAGCGUAUUCUGAG